CCUGAUUUCGCGUAUCUCAUUCACCUAACCGAACCGGACUAUAUAAGAUUUCGGCUACCAAAGGAUCAGCACGCACUUGCUUUCCUACAUUGUUAGCGAAUCGACCAAGGUUCUCUUUCAGACUCACAAUGUUCUCGAAGAUCAUAGUACUCGCUUGCAUUCUUGCCAUGAGCAACGCCGGUAUCUUGGCACCAGCUGGACAAUAUACUCUGACCCCUGCGGCUUUAACAUCGACAUCCGAUAAUAUCCUCCGCAGCUCAGGAAAUCUCGCACAAAUUGCGACCCAAUCGAAGACAAUUGCCACCCCAUUCUCCAGCACUAGCAGAUCCGACAUUCGUGUAACCAACCCGGCCAUCUAUGCUCACACUGCUCCAGUGGCAUACGCCGCAGCCCACGCACCUUUGGCAGCACCCUUGGCAGCACCCGUGAGCCCACUCCUUGGCGUCGCUUAUUCUCCAGCGGUGGCUGUUUCGCACAUGGCCUACAGCAGCCCCAUCGGUGUCUCUUACUCCUGGUAAUCGUUUCUCCUUCUG